AUGACACUUGCUACAUUUCUGAAAGUUCACCCUCCGACUUUUAGGGGAACCUCAAAUCCCACUGAUGCAGAUAAUUGGAUUCAGGCUAUGGAAAGGGUGUUACAGGCACAGCAGGUUCCUGAGGAGCAAUGGGUUAAAUUUGGAACUUAUCAGUUACAAGGUGAAGCUCAGUAUUGGUGGCAAGGAACCCGACGUAUCCUGCAGCCUGAUGGUGCUGCGAUUCCUUGGGAGGUUUUUCGGACAGAGUUCUAUAAGAAGUACUUUCCUAAUUCAGCCAGAAAUGCCAAGGAACUUGAAUUAAUGCAGUUAAAACAGGGACAGAUGACUGUUGCUGAGUAUACUAGAGGUCUUCGGAGUGAUAUUCUGAGCUUUGUUGCCCCAAUGGAGAUCAGGGUAUUUUCUGAAUUGGUGAAUAAGAGUAGAGUGGCUGAGGACUGUGUGAGAAAGGCAGCAGCAGAGAAAGGGAGUUUGAGGGUGCCUUUUCAGAGGCCUUCAGGGAGGAACUUUGCUCCGAGAGGUAGGAAUUUCAAGCGUGGAGGUGUUGUUCCGCAGCAGACUCAGGAUCAAGAUAAUUACAGAAGGUCGAAUACCAAUGCUAGUCAAGGAAAAAAGUUUGGGAAGCAGCCACAACAAGAUCUGAAUUGUCAGAAGUACGGAAGGUAUCACCCUGGAGUUGCGUGCAGAUUCGGACUUGGAGUAUGCUAUUCUUGUGGACAGCCCGGGCAAAUAGCCACCAAUUACCCAGAGAAGAAGAAGUAUGAGACUGGUAGGGUGCAGCAGCCAGGGAGAGUAUACACCACUUCUACCAUAGGUGCUGAGGGAUCUGAGACACUGAUUAGAGGUAAUUGUGAAAUGGCUAGUAAAAUCUUAAAUGCUUUAUUUGAUUCAGGAGCAAGUCAUUCAUUUAUUGCAUUUGAAAAGGCCCAUGAAUUAGGAUUGAGAAUGGUGGUUUUAGGUUAUGAUUUGAAAGUAUAUAAUGCUACUCAUGAAGCUAUGGUGACCAGGAUAGGAUGUCCACAAGUUCCCUUUUGA